AUGGGAGACAUUGGUCACUCCACUAUCACAGUGGCCAUCGCUGGUGGCGGUAUAGCAGGCCUAGCACUUGCCACCGGCCUGGUGAAGCAAACUCACAUCAGUGUCCGCGUCUACGAGUCCAUCCCUUCAUACCAAGAUGUCGGGGCUGGCCUGGCUCUACACCGCAAUGCCAUCGCGGCGAUGUCACUGAUUGGACCCGAACUCAGGGAUGCCUACUUCGAGAAAGCGUUGUCCAUGGCUGCAGAUGCCGAUAUCGAGAUGGCCACUGAGAUCAUACUGGCGCAAGGCAAGAACAAAGGCCAGAAGGUAGCAGAGCUGGGCCGCGCAAAGGGCAGGAUGAGCGUCGCAAGAAGCGAUCUGCUGGAGGGCUUCUUCGCGUGUCUGCCGAAGGAAACAGUAGUCUUCGGCAAGAGACUCACCUCUAUCAGAGAAAUGGACGGCGGACAGAAAAUCAGCAUCGGCUUCCAGGACGGCACAAGCGCUGAGGCCGACGUGCUCAUCGGUGCCGAUGGCGUCCACAGCUUCACAAGGAGUUAUCUCUUGGGACCAGAUCAUCCGGCAACGGCGCCGAAGAACCACGAUGCCUGGACUAUUUACCGGACCAUGGUGUCUAUGGAUGAGGCACGGAAGCAUAUCGACUCCAGGUGGUGCAGUACCGUACCCAUCCUUCUCGGACCCAGGGGCCACGUCAACGUGAUACCGCUGAACAAGGGCACCCGUCUCAGCGCCGGCGUUGCAGUCCGAGGGGCGUCCAACCCGGACCUCGUCUCGCGUGACGCUUCUGAGCCGCCGAAACUCAACCCGGACAAAUACACCGACUACUCGGAUGAGGCGCAGCAGAUCAUCCGGCUGGUGGUCCGCGACCCGUCGGCGUCCUGGAAGCCCGCGGACCACGACCACGCGCCGUUCUACGCGCGCGGCCGCAUCGCCGUCGUCGGCGACGCCGCCCACGCCUCCCUGCCAUUCGCCGGCAACGGCGCCGCCCAGGCGCUCGAGGACGCCGCGGCCCUCACGGCCGUGUUCGCGCGCGUGCGGUCCCCCGCCGGGCAGGCCGACAUGGCGCUGCGGGCCUACGACGUCGUCCGGCGCGCGCGCAGCCAGCGCGUCGUCGACUUGGCGAGGCGGCUCGGCCGCAUCUACGCGUACGCGGAGAAAACGGGAAAGCCGGAGCAUGAUGGAGGGGAAGAAGAAGAAGGAGAAGAAGAAGAAGAGGGCAGGUGGCUACAUGAGAGCCCGGAGGUCCUCGGCCGGUCCAUUGCGGAGAUGGGGCGGUUUACUAAUGAGUUUGAUGUCGCAGGACAGAACCGCGAGGCCGUUGAGUUAUUUGAUUUGUUGGUCUGGCUCGAUGAGGAAGAGAGGAGGGAGAGAGAUAGUGUCGGCCUAACUCGGUUUGGGGGUGCUUCAAGGACAGAGUCGGUGGAUGGGCUUCGUAGAGUCAAUGGUGCUAUUAGUUUUGGACUUGUAAAUGAAGUUCAGGGUCAUCAGUCGUAG